AUGGCACCCAAGAAUCAGGCAUACCCUUUCUGGAUCGGCGGAGCGGCUGCGUCGAUGGCUGCGUGCUGUACCCACCCUCUGGAUGUCAUGCGAGUCCCAGAAGACAACCUUCGUCCGCUCUAUCAAGGAUGUCCUGCAAACAGCUGGUAUGUUACGCUGCGCUGCUCGCCGAUACUGGCUGACGCUGCAGGUGUCCGAGGGUUAUAUACCGGUCUCACAGCUUCUAUAUUCCGUCAAAUGACAUACUCUAUCGUCCGACUAGGGGCUUAUGACAAGCUCAAGACGGAGAUGGCCAAGGGUGGGAAGAAGCUAUCUACAUUGGAUAUGGUCAUGUGCGCGAGUGGGGCUGGAGCUCUGGGUGGUCUCGCCGGUAACCCAGCAGAUAUCAUCCUGGUCCGUAUGGUAGCAGAUCCCACGAAACCAGCAGAACAGCGGGUCAACUAUAGUAAUGCCCUCCAAGGGGUUUAUAGAAUGGUGAAAGAUGAGGGAGGCUCCAGUCUGAUCCGUGGACUAGCGCCAAAUACGGUCCGAGCUAUCUUGAUGACCGCAUCCCAACUAGUCUCAUACGAUUUCUUCAAGGACGCGCUGCUCUCCGCCAACAUCCUCUCCGAAGGCAUGCCUCUUCACUUCACCGCCUCUGCCGCCGCCGGCACUAUCGCUACCACGAUCUGCGCGCCUGCCGACGUGCUCAAGAGCCGAGUGAUGAAUCAGAAGGGCGCUGGACAGGGCGUAAUGUCGAUUUUGACGGAAUCUUUGCGGACGGAGGGUCCUCGAUUCCUGUUCAGGGGAUGGCUGCCAGCUUGGAUCCGUCUCACACCAAAUACGAUCUGCAUGUUUGUGUUCUUGGAGCAGAUUCGCAAGGGGAUCGACUAUAUCCGGGAUGACCGGACAAUCGGAGAGGUCACGAAGGACCGCUAG